GCGUGGGUUGGAGGGGGAAUAGGAAAGUGGGCGAGGCUACCGAACCGGUCAUAUAAAAGCAUCAACGCAGUACCUUAUUCGCCAUUUUAAGUCCGUUGGACCUGCCGAAGGCGAGGGAGUUUCCUGGUUCCGAGACCAGAGAGGCCGGAUGGUGAAAUCCUCCCUCCAACGGAUACUAAAUAGUCAUUGCUUUGCCAGAGAAAAAGAAGGAAAUAAUAGAAGCACCAUGCCUCUUCUGAGUAUUCCCAAUAAUAGUAGUGAAAGUUCCAGAGUUACCUUAAACUGCUGUAGUAACCUGGGUCCAGGGCCUCGGUGGUGUUCCGAUGUCCCUCACCCACCCCUGAAGAUCCCAGGUGGGCGAGGGAAUAGUCAGAGGGAUCACAAUCUUUCAGCUAAUUUAUUUUAUUCUGAUAAUAGGCUGAAUAUAACAGAAGAGCUUGCGUCCAACAACAGAACUAGAGUGCUUAAUGUCCAAUCCAGGCUGACAGACGGCAAGCAAGUUAAUUGGAGAGCUGUGCUUAACAACAACAACCUCUACAUAGAAAUCCCAACUGGCACACUCCCUGAUGGGAGCAAAGAUAGUUUUGCUGUUCUACUGGAAUUUGCUGAGGAGCAGCUUCAAGUGGAUCAUGUAUUCAUCUGCUUUCACAAGAAUAGAGAGGAUAGAGCUGCGCUACUCCGAACCUUCAGCUUUUUGGGCUUUGAGAUUGUGAGACCUGGGCAUCCCCUUGUCCCUAAAAGACCAGAUGCUUGCUUCAUGGCUUACACCUUUGAAAGAGAUUCAUCUGAUGAGGAUUAGAAACCCUGCAAUGAUCUGCAUUUUUAUUUUUCCCCAUCUGUGAAGAUGUGUUGUGAGAAACUGUCAACAUCUAUUAUGCUGUGUUUGUGAACCCGUGUGAUAUGGUAGGGAGGGAGAUGAGAUGUUGAACAUUUUUUUCAAACCAUCUUUUUGGAAUCAUUUGUCUGCAUGUUUUGACUUUGAAUAAAUGCUCACUCCAAAUUAUUGCUAGAUCCGUAAAGAUUCAAUGUGUUUUGUGGUAUCAAAGUAUUUGCUUUAAUUCUAAAUAAAACAUUUAUAUUUUA